GUAGGACUGCCUGCUUCCCUUCCCACUGCUCUGUCGGACCAAGACAAAAGGAGUUUGAGGACUCCCAGAUAGUAUUACCUGAAGCCAAGGCCCACAUCCAGCUGCCACCAUGUCGAGCAAGCGUGCAAAGGGAAAGACCACCAAGAAGCGCCCCCAGAGGGCCACCUCCAACGUCUUUGCCAUGUUCGACCAAUCCCAGAUCCAGGAGUUCAAAGAGGCUUUCAAUAUGAUCGAUCAGAACAGAGACGGCUUCAUUGACAAAGAGGACCUACACGACAUGCUGGCCUCUUUAGGUAAGAACCCCUCAGAUGAUUACCUGGAGGGAAUGAUGAGUGAAGCCCCAGGGCCCAUCAACUUCACCAUGUUCCUCACCAUGUUUGGAGAGAGGCUCAACGGAACAGACCCUGAGGAUGUCAUCCGCAACGCCUUUGCCUGCUUUGAUGAGGAAGGAUCUGGUGUGAUCCACGAGGACCAUCUGAGAGAGCUGCUAACCACCAUGGGUGAUCGCUUCACAGAUGAAGAGGUGGAUGAGCUGUUCCGUGAGGCGCCCAUUGACAAGAAGGGCAAUUUCAACUACGCCGAGUUCACCCGCAUCCUCAAACAUGGCGCCAAAGACAAGGAUGAUGAGUAGAGGGAGAAAAUGACUGCCUCGGGUCCCCACAUACAUACUGCACCACAAAUCAAUCCCUGGUCCCUACCUCAUAGGCACAUGUAGGUCUAAGAGAGAUUGCACAUUAAGAGAAUUAUACUCUUCUUUAAUAAGAGGGCAAAAGUGGGUGUGGGCAUGUUGUUCACAAACAUUGCAUUCAUUCAGAUCUGCACACGUUUAUGAAGGGCAGGGGCUUGGGAUUCAUUUGGGAUCCAGGGCAAUUUUCUGCAAUACACUCCUUUUCAACUUUUAUUGUCAUUAAAGAUUAUCCAUGAAGAGAGGUGUAUCACAGUAUUUGCAUCUCAAACAAGUCUCCUGCGGCUUUCAACUCCUACCACAACUCUUUCUGCUGUUCACAAGAACUUGGAUGGGUGAAAGUGCAUUAAAAUAGGCUUCAGCCACUUUGCCUUCACUUGUUUUGUUCUUUGAAGAUUGGUGCAGGGAGGCUGGUUUGACUUUUGAGAUGUAUCACACCGGUGUGUGUAUGGGCUGUCAAAUUCAGCACUACACACCAGCCAUGUUUACCUCUUCCUGCCAAUUAGCUAUCACAUCUGCACAAGCACUGCAAGAUUCUCCCUCUCUACAAUAGCUGAACCCCUCUAUGAUGGAGAUGGAUAAAGAAAUAGAAAAUAUAUUGACUUUCUGUUGUUGUAACAUUUUGACAAUCAAAAGUGGUGAGUACUUACAUUUUUUACAUAUUAAGUGAGUCAUUCCUCAAAUGUUUUGAAGUGGUUACUAGAACUCGAAGUCUCAAAUUACAUUCCCCCAUCAAAUGGUUGUGUAUUUCUUGAAGGAUCAUGUAUGUCUAAGUUGUGAAGGAACUCAGCCUUGAAAUUGUUCAGUCAAAUAUGUAAGUCUUCGUACUGCCUUGAACACAAAGAAACUGUAGAUGUUUGCAUUUGGGAUGUUUGAAAGUCGAUGUAUGACAUUUGUGCCUGACCACUGAAAGGUCCUUUCUUUUAAAGAGGUGUCUCCCAGUCUCUCUCAUUUCAUGUUAAGGUCACUUCAAUGUUCAGUCCAGUGCUACUUUGUAAUUUUUAUAUGGUAAAAAUAAAAUCAUCCUUGUUCUC